GCUUAGUUAGUAGUAGCAUCGUCGUUAAUGAAGUAUGGAGAUUUUGGGAUUUCAAACUUCAGGUUUCGUUAGCGAUUUUAAGCUUCACUGUUUGGUUUGCUGAAACAAGUAUAUUGGUUCGGUUUAGCUUCGCUGAAACAGAUAUAUCGCUUGGUAUCUUUGUUGGGGCCUUCAUCGCUUCUUCGUUAGAACAACUAGUAGGUCGCUUUGGUUCGAAACUUUCUCUGAUAGAUUGCAGAAGUUUUUGUCGUCGCUUCGAUGUUACUCUUGUUGUUUAUUUUACCACUUUGGUGCCUUUAUUGAGACCUCUGUUG